UCCCUCCCCCGCGCCGCGCUUUACGGCGUCGCGCGGCAGCGUCGCGCGGGGCCGUGCGGCGCCGUGCCCGGACGGAGGAGGUCACCGAGCGGCGGUGGCGGCGCCGCGGCUCCAGCUCGGGCUCCAGCAUGUGGCGGGUGUUGGCGCGGCGCGUGGCCCGGGCGGCGCCGGGGGCGGCCGGUCCCGCGCGGGGCUGCCGGGCGCUGGGCGGCGCGGCGGCGGCGGCGCGGCCGGGCCGGGGCCCAGCGCGGGGCGGCGGCGGUCUCGGCCCCGGCCCUGGCCCCGGCCCCGGCCCCGCGGGGCGGCCCGGGGGGCUGCUGCUGCCCCCGGCCUGGCCGCGGUUCGUCCCGCGCCGCUGCUGCAGCCUCCCGGCGCACCAGAAGGUGGCCCUGCCGGCGCUGUCCCCCACCAUGCAGAUGGGCACCAUCGCGCGCUGGGAGAAGAAGGAGGGCGAGAAGAUCAGCGAGGGGGAGCUGAUCGCAGAGGUGGAGACAGACAAAGCAACAGUUGGCUUUGAGAGCCUGGAGGAAUGUUACUUAGCCAAGAUCCUGGUGCCAGAAGGAACAAGGGACGUCCCUAUUGGGGCCAUAAUAUGUAUUACAGUUGAAAAGCCUGAACAUGUUGAUGCCUUUAAAAAUUACACACUGGAUUCUGCAGCAUCUGCUCCCCCUGCAGCAACAGUGCCUCCCCCUCCAGCUGCAGCUCCCUCGCCACCGCCUCCGCCUUCUCCUCAGCCUCCUGGCAGCUCUUACCCUCCUCACAUGCAGGUCACUCUCCCUGCGCUGUCACCUACAAUGACAAUGGGCACGGUGCAGAGGUGGGAGAAGAAGGUUGGGGAGAAACUGAAUGAAGGAGACUUACUAGCAGAAAUUGAGACAGAUAAAGCCACAAUAGGCUUUGAAGUGCAGGAAGAAGGCUACUUGGCAAAAAUAUUGGUGCCUGAAGGAACAAGAGAUGUGCCACUAGGAACAGCCCUCUGCAUCAUUGUGGAGAAAGAGUCUGAUAUUCCGGCCUUUGCUGACUACCGGGAGACCGGAGUAGUUGACAUGAAGCCACAAGCUGCUGCUGCUGCUCCUCCUCCACCGGUGAUGGCAACUCCUGCUGCUGCUCCUCCUCCACAGCCUGCUGCCCCUCCCACUCCAGCGCUUGCCACAGCUGUGCCUCCUUCCCAGAAAGGAAGGAUCCUAGUUAGUCCCCUGGCAAAGAAACUGGCAGCAGAAAAAGGAAUCGACCUUGCCCAGGUGAAAGGUACUGGACCAGAUGGUAGAAUCACGAAGAAAGAUGUGGAGUCAUUUGUGCCACCAAAGGUUGCUCCCGCCCCAGCAGUAGAGGCAGUACCUGCUGUUGCAGCAGCCCCAGUGGGGACCUUCACAGAUAUCCCUAUCAGCAACAUUCGGAGGGUCAUAGCUCAGCGGUUGAUGCAGUCUAAACAAACAAUACCUCACUACUACCUGUCUAUCGAUAUAAACAUGGGAGAAGUACUGGUGCUAAGAAAAGAACUCAAUCAGGAGGUCUCGGAUAACAUUAAGCUCUCCGUCAAUGACUUCAUAAUUAAAGCUUCGGCUCUGGCAUGCUUGAAGGUGCCUGAGGCAAAUUCUUCAUGGAUGGACACAGUUAUUAGGCAAAAUCACGUAGUGGAUGUUAGCGUUGCAGUGAGUACUCCUGCAGGGCUUAUAACACCUAUUGUGUUUAAUGCACAUAUAAAGGGCCUGGCUUCCAUUAGUAAGGAUGUUGUUUCUUUGGCAACCAAAGCCCGAGAAGGUAAACUUCAGCCACACGAAUUCCAGGGUGGCACUUUCACAGUUUCCAAUUUAGGAAUGUAUGGGGUUAAGAAUUUCUCUGCCAUAAUCAAUCCACCUCAAGCCUGCAUCCUUGCGGUUGGCUCCUCAGAGAAAAGGCUGGUGCCAGCAGAUAAUGAGAAGGGAUUUGAUGUGGCCAGUGUGAUGUCCGUUACACUUAGCUGUGACCAUCGUGUUGUGGAUGGAGCAGUUGGAGCACAAUGGCUUGUUGAAUUCAAGAAUUUCCUUGAAAAGCCAGUAACGAUGCUGCUAUAAUCUAACCAUGCGAGCAAAAUCUUCCUGGGUCACACCGUUUUGUUCUAAACAAGCUAUUUAGACUUUAGUGUUCAGACUUAGAGUCCCUUUUUUAUUUUAAAUAUGUAUUAUAUUAUCUGGUAAUCUUAUUACCAGUCUGUACAGAUAAAAUAGUUUGCAAAAAGGCUUUUCAGAGCAAUAUAGAGCUAUACUGUAUUUUUAUACAGUUAAUUAACUUGGAAACUCUUCCAAAACAGAGUUAAGCAUCCCAGAUUUAAAAAUUAUCCAAGCAGUGUGCAUACUGCCAUCUGUUUCUAAAUUAGGGUGAACAAAGGGGUACAUACCAAGUAAUUUCGUGAUCUUUACGUUCUUAAAUUUUGAAUUAUAAAUGUCUCUUCACAGGAGUUCAGAUGAGCUGGUAAAUGAAAUCUACACGUUAGUACAAGGUGAAUUCCCUUGUUAGUCUGUUCUCCUGCUGGGGUGGGCAAGAAUGACAGAUGCACUAAGGGACUGAAGCCCUUGGGAAUAGUUUCUCAAAGGCCAAGUGUUAGUGUUCCAGAUCUCUUUUGGAAUUUGGCACUGGUUCCGACUUUCCCAGCUACGUGAUCCCUUUUGAGCACUUUAACGUAAGGUGAAAGACCACUGACAUCCCUGAGGUCAGAGCUCUCUCAGAUGCCACAGGGAACAUGCUAUCUUCUCACAGACUUUCACUUACAUGUGCUUUUAUAUGAAAUCUCUUUUGCUUUUUCUUUUGCUAAGGUAAUAUCAGAAUAUGAUGCCAUGGAAAUAGCUGUUUUGCAGGGUGUUGAAGAGAAUGUGUGUUGGAACCCAUAUAGGCCAUCACACAUUCUCAUAAUCCCAUCAGUGGGAAAUAAUCAUGUGAUAAAAUGGUUGAAAAAAAAAUUCUUUUUCAGGCAUUCUAACAUAGGAAACUCUGAGUUAGUCACUGGUAUUGCAGUCCUUCCAUGAAUUGUCUAUGUUGUCCCAGCCUCAGUAAACUGCAGAAUGUGCUAUCCAUGUAUAUACUGUAUGUAAAAUGCUUAAAUAGUUCUUCGGACUUGUGUCCAGUUACCCCAGUCAUUGUAUCCUGAAAGGGGUACAGUGGUGAACAUUCUAAAUUCCACUUUCCAAAUGGAAAUGUUAAUGUAAAAGGAGGAUUGUGUAGUAAUUAUGAAGUGACCAGGAGAACUACAUAGGAGGGAGAAGUUUAAAAAAAAAAAAAAAAAAAAUCUGACCUGUUAUUCUGUAUACCGCAUUAAGUACCAUCUCGUGUAAAGCUGUGGUACAAAUUUGCUAAAGAUAUUGAAGGAAAAUAUUGUGGAAAUUAAAUAUUUUUGUGGGAACUAUUUAAUGUCUGGUUGCAACAAUACCUGGUUUUCAUGUCUGGCUUAAGCAAAAAAAGUGCUUUUUUUGUUUUUAUUUUAAAUGAUCUAAAAUAUCUUGGUUCCAGACUUGCUCUAGUGAACCUGUGUGUUCUAUUAAACAUUUGGGAUUGACAAAAUACUAAAA